AUGGUUAAGGAUUGUAAGUGGUUUACAGAGAAGGCACUAUCAGUAUUUUGGAAUUUCCCACGUGCGUGUUACACCGGGUUUGUAUUCAAUUUUGCAAACUACUUUUACUGGCUUGUUGUUCCUCUUAUAAUGAACGACAAAGGUGGAAGUACAUUUGAUUUGUCUCUUCUUCAAACCGUUGGGUUUGUGAUAUAUGCAGUGUUGUCUCCGAUUGCGGGAAAGUUGGGUGACAAGGUCAAUCCAUAUAUUAUAGUGCGAGUCGGGUUUUUAUUCUUCAUUGCAGCCGUUGCAGUCAUUUUGAUAUUUCCAAGUUCGAUUCCAGCGUUGUACGUAUCAGUGUGUAUUUGGCCAUUUUGCACGUCCAUAUUUUGGUCGGUCACAACGGGGACAAUUGGGUUUGAGUCACCACUUGGGUACGAAAAUCGAAACACAUCCCUCUAUCAAGUGUCUUGGAGUUUUGGGAAGUGUUUUGGCUUUUUGUUUGGUGGGUUGCUCAAAACAGCGCUUGGGACCAAUUCGUUGUACAUCUGUAUAGCACUUAUUAUAGUGACGAUGGUAUUGUACCCUUUCACACACCCAAAGAGAAUUAGAGAGAAAAAAAGAAAAUUUAAAGACGAGAAGAAGAAAAAUGAUACCACACCGAAGGAUAUUGCAAUUCCAGUCGAGAGCAUUCAUAAGGGCCCCGAUGGUAUCGAACUUGUCAUCGAUAAAAAAGCCGAGCCACAACCAAUCGAACACAAAGACGACAUCCAUGACAUCGAAGUCGUUGUAGACGCGAGUGAAGUUCCUUCACAACAUAAAGAAGGAGAGGCUCAAUUUGUUCCAGAAUCUCUGGAAAGAAAGAGUGAAGUCGUUGAAGCUCCAACGUCACCCGAGAGAAAGAGCGAAAUUGGGCAAACACCACGACAAAGUGAAGAGUCUUUGGUUCAAACGGAAGUCUAUGCACAUCAUGAAGACCAGAACACGGUGCAGAUCAAAUUCAAGUGGAGUCCGGAAGAGUUGAGUAAUAAAACGUUCAUCAUUAUUGGAUAUAUCCAACAAUGCGCUAUUUAUGGUACAAGUGCUGUUAUUAGCUCGACAUAUGUCAAGUUGGCUAUUGACUUAGAAGUGAAGAGUCCUACCGCAUUGGACAUGUAUAUUGGGAUCGUCUUUUUCUUCUAUUUCUUAGCACAAACAGUUGUAAUGGUAGGGAUGUCUUUGACUCUUGUAUGGACGUAUAAACGAAGUCUAUUUUUGCUCUUCCAGACGGGAUUCAUAUUAUUCUUGUUGAUCAUAGGAGUGUCUCGGAACGCGUAUUUGAAUUGGUUCAUGGCCUUUAUUGGUGGGCUUGCGGGUGGUUUUGCGUAUCAGACAUCCACGUAUUACUCCAUGAGAGCGAGUGAAGAGAGUAAGUCGAUGUUCAUGGGCAUUUCUGAGGGUGUGAGUGGACUUGGUAACUCUUUAUUGCCAUUUAUUAGUGGGUUGUUGUGUACGUACUUGAACAACAACUAUAUCCAAAUAUAUGUGGGUGUGAUAUUCAUGGUCAUUUGUAUUGUCCUCGAAGAGGUCUAUUAUCACAUAGGAACAUAUAUAAACAACAAACGGCAAGAGAAACGCGUUGAUCCAUCCCCUGAUUAUCAGCAAGUUGAAAUGAAACAAAUUUGA